AUGCUGACAUUUCUGAGAAAGCACCAGCCUUUUGUCGAGGCUCAAUUCGACAUCUUCGAAUGGCAUGCGCAGUUUCAAUCAUGCGUGCGAUAUUUUCUGGACCAUGCACAGCACACGGGUCCAGUGCAGGCCGUGGCAGCGUUCGUCAAUAUCCAGCUUCCCUUCCAAAAAGCGCACCCAGUCUAUUCCAUGUCAGGGCCUGGACCGGCAUCCUUGAACUCUUCCGGCAAGGUGCCUAUGCCUCUGUCGCCAGGCCAGCAUCACCAGGUACCUUACGUCACACUUACGCCCUACAUAAGGCGACUGGUGGCAACCGGAUUCGACGUGCCUAGUAUCCUGCACGGCUUCUUUGGAGACGACUGGGCGGCGGGUAUAGGAUCCUUGCACGAGGCAGAGCGGCGCAACUAUCUUUUUGCCGCUAAGAGCGACAACUGGCUCAAGGUAAAAGCUGACUACGAUAUGGACGGAGACCAGAUGGUCCCGUUCCUCAAGCCGCUGCAGAACGUCAGCGAGAAUGAAAUCCUCAGCGCAGAGACGAGCUGGAGCGAAUGGCUCGCCAUGCAGGACUGGAUGUUGGGACCUCGGGCACCGAUAGAUGCCGAGAGAGGAGGAGCUGCCGCCCAACAGAGACGACCUGGUCAGACACCAGGUGUGAGGGUCAAGCGCGAGGCACAGUAG